AUGACAAGCCCAAAGACGAUAAAAGAAGUCCAGCAACUAGCAGGACAAAUAGCUGCCCUAUCACGUUUCCUACCUGCGGUGGCAAACCGAUCUUAUCAUUUCUUCCAGACAUUCUCUAAAGGCAAGAAGUUCACCUGGACAAACGAAUGUGAGAAAUCUUUUACCGAACUCAAACAGAGCCUAACAUCACCACCAAUCCUCCAAAGACCAGAGACAGCCAACAGAAACAAGGUACCCGAAGAUAGAACAAUUGGCACUACACUAAUCACCACGGCAAGAAGACUGCGGCACUACUUCCAGAGCCACACAAUCAUAGUACGAACAGACCAACCGCUAAGGCAGAUAUUAACUAGACCCGAGCUCGCCGGCAGAUUAAUAAAAUGGGCGAUCGAGCUCUCUGAGUUCGAUAUUCAGUACGAACCAAGGAAGACACUGAAGUCACAAGUGCUAGCUAACUUUAUAUCGGAAAUGACUAACGACACACAACAUACAGAGGUCAGUUGGAGCAUUCAUGUGGAUGGAGCUUCAAACAAAGAAGGUAGUGGAGCAGGAAUACUACUAAUGGAAGGAAACAAGGUGGUGGCCGAGCAGUCACUAAGGUUCCACUUCAACGCAAGCAACAAUCAGGCAGAAUAUGAGGCCUUACUCACUGGACUGAAGCUCGCCCUACAACUACAAAUAUCCCGAAUAACAGUUUACUGCGACUCUUCAUUAGUGGUACAUCAAAUAAAGGGCGAAUUCCAGGUAAAAGAUCCCUUGUUAGAGAAAUAUUGGCUUAUAACAAAAGAGCUUAUCUCAAAAUUCAACCAAUUUGACAUUAUUCAUGUAAACCGAGAACAAAACACCAGGGCCGAUGUGUUAUCUAAGUUAGCCACAACUCGGCAAGCCGAAAACACAUCGACAUUAUCCCAGCUAACCCUUGACAAACCGAGUUUUGAGCAGGGUACAAUUCUAAGUAUUAUACAGGUCCCAGAUUGGCGAACACCUUUUCUCGACUACAUCAACACAGGCACCAUGCCAAAGGAUGAGCCGAACUUACCACUGUUUCGAAGAAGAGCAAGCUUCUAUACAGUGCUGGGAAACACUUUGUACAGACGAGGACACUCUCAACCACUCCUUAAAUGCAUCAGCAGGGAGGAGGCCGAGGAUGUCAUGGCCGAAACACAUGAAGGAGUCUGUGACAACCAUAUUGGCGGCCGAGCUUUAACAACAAAGAUUCUAUUCGGUAUCCCAAGAGAGAUAAUCUCGGAUAACGGGAGACAAUUCACAGAUCAUAAGCUCGCCGUUUUUCUAACAAAUUUUCACAUCAAACAUCACUUCAGCUCAGUAGAGCACCCACAAACUAACGGACAAGUUGAAUCAGCUAACAGAAUUAUCUUGCAGGGAUUAAGGAAAAAGCUCGGUGAAGCUAAAGGAGAGUGGGCCGAUCUCAUUCCAGAAAUUCUAUGGAGUUAUAAUACCAGCAUUCAAUCUGCCACAGGAGAGACUCCUUUCAAGCUGGUAUAUGGCGCAGAAGCACUUAUUCCAGUAGAGGUCAGCGUCCCAACAUUAAGGACCGAGUUCUAUGAUCAAUCGAAUAAUCUACAAGCUCGGACAGCCGAGUUGGAUAUUGUAGAAGAAGAAAGAGACAUUUCUGCCAUAAAGCAACGAGCCAGAAAACAAUACCUAGAGCGAAGACACAACAGAAAAGUAGUUCACAGGUCUUUCAACAAUGGAGACCUCGUACUCAGACGCACAGAAGAAGCUCAGAAAUCUCCGGCACAUGGCAAAUUAGCGGCAAACUGGGAAGGGCCUUUCCGAGUUCUUCAAAAUCUCGGAAAGGGGGCUUACAAGCUAGAAACCCUUAAAGGAGAUCAACUUCCAGGAACAUGGAAUGUCUCCUCCCUAAGGGGAUAUCAAUCAUAA